AUGACAGAGCCGGCGCCGCACCGUUUCAAAUGGCGGUAUGUUCUCGCCUUGUUCGUUGCUUUUGCUGCAGCACUGUUCGCUGGGAUUGCGAACAAUGGAACCUACAAUCCUUCUGUACAAGAAUAUUACACGAGUCUCGAGUCACGCUUAGGAUACUGGCUUCUGCUGGGAAAUACACGGCACUGUGGACUCUAUCCGCAGGGCCAGUUGUGGCCCUUCCCGGUCGGCAAAGCGCAGCGGGCUAUGGAAGACUAUCUCUUCACACGGCUUGAUCUCAAGCCCGGUUCCCGCAUCCUAGACGCCGGUGCAGGAUCCGGAUACGUGGCCAUGCGCAUGGCCGAGAAAGGCCUUACAGUGGAAGCCGUCGACAUUACACCGCUCCAUGUCGAAGACGCUCACCGCAACAUCAAAGCCCGUGGGCUCCAAGAUAAAAUCUCGGUCCGAUUAGGAGAUUACCACAAUCUCACGGAUUUUGAUGAUGGCUCCUUCGAUGGUAUCUAUACAAUGGAGACUUUCGUGCACGCAGAUGACCCUCUGAAAGUACUGCAAAAUUUCUAUCGUCUACUUCGCCCUGGUGGCGUACUCGUGCAGAAUGAAGCCGACUUUAACCGGAACUCUGAGCUAUUGCAGGAUGUGCUCCGCCUCUCACAUUGUCAAAACACGCUCGAGGAAGGCGUCCUGAUGGGAAUGCUGGAACAAGUUGGCUUCAAAGAUGUCCAGCUAGAUGAUCUCACCGAGGAAGUCCUCCCGUUAUGGCGCCUGUUUGGCGUCAUUGGAUACAUCCCGUAUAGGAUCUUGCGGGUCUUCGGAUUGCACACGCGCUUCACCAAUCUCAUGGCUGGGGUCGAGUCGUACCUACAUUGGGGUGAGGGCAGGUAUAUCUCCGUCAGAGCAAUCAAGCCUUGA